GUGUGUGUGUGUGUUGUAAAGGGUUACGGAUUGGAGAUGCAGAAAGGACAGUUUCGAGGAAGUGACGGACGAGACUCGGGGGCCUGGUCAGAGGAAGUUUGCUCGGUGAUGGUACCGUGCUGCUGAACGAAACUUUUCCCCCUUGAGCUUAGCGGCACCGUGGAUCGAAACGGACCGAUCCAGCGGUGGAGGGAGCGUUUGUUUCCUCGCCACACGAGCAACACUGAGGAAUAACUUAAAGGGUUGAGAGAGGGGGGGGGGAAACAAAAAAAAAAAGGGGGAAUCGCAGAGGAAUUUCACUCCCACAACCAAGCCCCCCUUUUUUCUUCUCUUCUGUUUUUUUCUGGGAUCCGCGAUGGGGAAGGAGCAGGAACUUCUUGAAGCGGCGCGGACGGGAAACCUGGCCGCAGUGGAGAAGCUUUUAUCCGGGAAGCGACCGUCCGCUGGCACGGGCAGCGGGUCGUCUGGGACCGGUGGAAGCGGCAACAGCGGCGGGCACGUCGCCUCCUCUCAUCCGCUCUCCAGCCUGCUCAGUAUCUGGAGAGGCCCUAAUGUGAACUGUGUGGACAGCACUGGAUACUCCCCCCUCCACCACGCUGCUCUCAAUGGACACAGCGAGGUGGUGGAGGCGCUGCUACGAAACGAGGCCUUGACCAACAUCGCCGACAGCAAGGGCUGCUACCCUCUCCACCUGGCUGCGUGGAAGGGUGAUCAACAUAUCGUCAAACUACUCAUUCACCAAGGACCUUCACACCCCAAACUCAACGAGCAGAGCUCUGUAGACCAUAAAGAGUUCAAACGCUGUGGGCCCUUUGACCCCUAUAUUAAUGCCAAGAACAAUGACAACGAGACGCCGCUGCACUGCGCCGCCCAGUACGGCCACUCGAGGGUCGUUCAGCUGCUGCUGGAGGAGCUGACGGACCCCACCAUGAGGAACAACAAGUUCGAGACCCCUCUGGACCUGGCCGCUCUGUACGGCCGCCUCGAGGUGGUCAAGCUGCUGCUCUGCGCGCACCCCAACCUGCUCAGCUGCAACACCAAGAAACACACGCCGCUGCAUCUGGCCUCUCGGAACGGCCACCUUUCUGUGGUGGAGGUACUGCUGGACGCUGGCAUGGACAUUAACUACGAGACGGAGAAAGGCAGUGCUCUCCACGAAGCAGCCUUGUUCGGCAAAGCGGAUGUGGUGCAGAAACUCCUCGGUGCAGGUAUCAACGUGAACAUCCUCGACCAGAAGGGCCUGACAGCGCUGGACACUGUCAAGGACAUGCCCUCACAGAAGAGCAGAGAGAUCGUCGCUCUCGUACUGGGUCACAUGACUGGAAAACCCCCUGACAUUGACCUUCCCCCUCCACCAAUCCCUCCGCCUCAGGAAAGUCCUAGCUCGAGGAGAAAGGGUGAUCUUGAGAAGGUGAGUGAGCUGAUCUCUGGGCUGGCCCCGGGGCCCGAGGAGGAGAGUCCGUACGAGGCUCUGUUUGAAGCCACCUCCUGCCACUCUCUGGACAGCCUCACCAGCGGCAAAUCCUCCGACAGGGAUUCUGGACGGCCGGAUAGUGAAGCUGGCAAGAAAGAUCGCCUGGCUCACUCGUCACAUCCUGGUCCCUGUCACGAAGAAGAGGCGCUUUACACAAACAGCAGCAUAGAUGAGAGAGGCGAGCAGGUGGAGGAGGAGGAGGAGGAUCACACAUACGAGUUGCUGCUGACGGCUCAGACCAAAAUCCCCCCGCCCUGCCAGGAGUCCAGAUCCAGUAAAGAUGAGAAAACCACUACACAGUCUUCCAACAGUGUCCUACCUCAGCGUAAACCCACUGCCCCAAAUGACCUCAGAGCCCCUAGCAAAACGAAAGACACCCUGCACCCUCCUGGGCGGGUGGGCCCAAAAGCUUCAGGAGAUAACUCCCAGCUCAGCGGGGAUCAGGGAGCAGGUGUCCCGGAGCAGUUCACGGGCCUCCUGCACGGAUCCUCCCCCGUCUUCGACUGCCAGGAGGAGCCCUUCAGGCUUCCAGGUGUCCAGCCAGAAACGAGAAAGCCUGCCAAAGUAAAGGAGGAAAAGGCAAAGACGGGAGCAGCUGCGCCAACACCGAGCCGUCCUAGCAUGGCCGCCAUCCUGACAGACUGUGAUCCAAAAGCGAUUUAUGCCACUGUGAACAAGGAGCCCAGGGACUCCUCAGGGGCCGGGGCUGCCGUGAGGAUGCGUCCUCCUGGGGACCUGAAGCUGGCACGCAGCCUCUCCAAGUCUGACUCAGACCUGCUCGUGUCGCCUCCUAGCGAGGAGGACGGGGGAUUGGGAAACCGGAGCGAGUCUGUUUCUAAUUGUAGCACUGGCAAGAAGAGGCUGGAGAAGUCUCCGUCUUUCACCUCCGAGUGGGACGAGCAGAAACCGACGCCUUCUUCCCCCACAAAACAACGAAGAUCUAAGUCCAUUGACAGCAUCGAGAAGAUCAUGACGCUGAUUGGCGCUGGCAUCGAUUUCUCCAGAGAUCAGCAGUAUGCUACACCAGGUGCUGCGGGCCGGCUGCUGGAACAGCCUGUGGGGGACUGGCUGGAGCACGUGGGGCUUCCUCAGUACGAGAGCAAACUGCUCCUGAAUGGUUUCGACGACCUGCACUACAUGGGGAGCAAUGUCAUGGAGGACCAGGACUUGAGAGAGAUCGGGAUCACGGAUCCGAGCCACAGGAAGAAGAUCCUGCAUGCGGCACGUUCGUUGCCCAAGGUGAAAGCUCUGGGCUGUGACGGCAGCAGCUCCCUCUCCUCUUGGCUGGAGAAUCUGGGCCUGCACGAGUACUUGCACAACUUCCUGGCCAGCGGAUACCGCUCUCUGGACUGUGUCAAAAACCUGUGGGAGCUGGAGAUUGUCAAUGUGCUAAAGAUCUCCCUACUUGGUCACAGGAAACGCAUCAUUGCCUCAUUAGCGGAAAGACCGUAUGAGGAGCCUCCAGUGAAGCCUCCUCGAUUGUCUCAAAUCAGGUGCCAAGACCUUCCUGGAUCCCAGUCCUCGUCCCCUCUCAGUCAGAUGGAGUCCUACUCCGGUCGUUCGAUGGACCCUCUGCUGCCAAUCGCAGAAUCAGGGAGGAAAAAAGUGCCAGAAACCGACUAUGACGUUACCCAAAGAUAUCGCAGUGAACGACACAGAUCACACGAACGGUACGACGAACGGCAUCGAGAGCCUCGCCUGACCCUACGGCCGCCUAGUCUGGCAGCACCGUACGCUCCGGUCCAGAACUGGCAUCAUCAGCCUGAGAAGCUCAUCUUUGAAUCCUGCGCCUACGAAUCCAAUUACCUCGGUUCCAUGCUUAUCAAGGAUCUCCGGGGUACUGAGUCCACGCAGGAUGCCUGUGCCAAAAUGCGGAGGUCGACGGAGCAAAUGAGAAAAGUCCCCAGCAUUGUCCUCUCGAUAACCUACAAGGGUGUGAAGUUCAUCGAUGCAGCCAAUAAGAACAUCAUUGCAGAGCACGAGAUCCGAAACAUAUCGUGUGCGGCCCAGGACCCAGAGGACUUGUGCACGUUUGCUUACAUCACCAAGGACCUGCAGACCAGCCACCACUACUGCCAUGUGUUCAGCACAGUAGACGUGAACCUGACCUAUGAGAUCAUACUGACCCUCGGCCAGGCGUUCGAGGUGGCCUAUCAGCUGGCUCUGCAGGCACAGAGGACCAAACAGCACCAGCACCUCCCAGUGGGACCCGGCUCCGAGGUUAUUGAGACCAAGUCCAGCCGACCUGUGCCGAGACCAAGAGGCAGUGUACGGAAGUCGGCGGACUCUCCUCCUCUCGACAGUCGUUGCUGUUACUGUUACACCUGCACCACCCACCGUCCCUCCUUUCUACCGCUGCACUCUGCUGCCCAGGGGGACCUCGUCGAACAGGAGGGGGAUUCUCAGUCCCAGGGCAGCACCACGUGGCUCGUGGACCCAAAGGAAUCCAAGCGCACUAUCAGCACUAACUGAACACUGUGGCCACUUCCAGCCAGUAAGAAAAGAGGACAGGAACAAAAUGAGCCCUGUUGCAUGCUGGGUAGGAUGGUUUCUGUUGAAAAAGUGACCUACAUCCAAUGCAUCAGGUUGCACCACUAGUUGGAUCGAGAUCACUGCAGAAACACAGGACCUGGAGACCUGCGAGGCUGAUCAGUUCAUCUGACCUCACUCACAUAGACACUGCAGACACACACACACACACACACACACACACACACACACACACACACACACACACACACUCCUCCAUUUAACUUUUAGUACGUAAGAAAGUGAUGGUUGAUCCAGGCAAACUAUUUGUUUUCUCAUAAACUGUUGCCUCCUUAUUCAUGAAAGUACGGUGGCUGACUAGGACAAACACCCUGCAAUGACCAAAUGAUUUUUAUUAGAAGACAAAGGCUGCAAAAAGUGCUCCAGGUCUGCAGGGGGGGCGCACAUGGGAACUGGAAUUUGGCUUAACGUGUUUAAUGUAGAAAACCCUUUACACAGGAGAUCAGAUUUUGCCCUCGUCAGCCACUGAAUGUAAAUCUUCUCUUUCAGGACAUGUAGCUGUUUUAAUACAGAACGUUUUGUUCAAAGGGGAAACUUUGUUUUGCAAUGCUUCAAAGGUACAAGCUCAAAGAGAAAGACCUUACACUGUAGGUACACACUCCUUUCCUGUUGCAAUAUGUUGUAGCAUAUCUUUAUGACCGUCAGCCUAUCUUCCACAAACUACACACAAAACUGUGAUUAAACAAUAUAAUCUUGCACAGGAGGAACUCUCUUAACGAACUUAAAGGGCAGAGGAACUGACACUACAAAGACUGUUUGAAAUUGAUAGUAAUAAUAAUGAUGAUAUAAUAUAACAGGGGGUGGCUUUUAUUUGAUUUGAAAGUCUUCUCUUCUUCUUUUUUUUUUGAUGUUUUAAUUGUUUUAUAGGACAAUUGUGUGUCCUAACGCUGUAACUGGAUGAGGUGUGGUUCACUGCAGUUCUCCCUCUCAAUCCCCUGCUUCCUUUGUUCCAUUAACCCCGACAAGUUUAAUCACCAAACCUGCCAUGCAGGCUGCUACGUCAUUAGAUUUUAGCCGCAGAACAGAACAACAGGACACACAGCAUGUUUCUCCUAGCUAACUCCCUGUAUGUUGACUGUUAAUGGUACUUUCUGUUCGUUGGAUGUGUAUAUGGGUACAUAUGAUUUAACUGUUGCGUAUGUGGUACGUUGUCAGGCCAGUACGAUAACUCUACGGUACACUGUCUCCAGCUGGCUGCUGUCGGCACCUUCAGCCAUCAGCCUGGGCCCCUUCUGCUUUUGCACAUUGCUGAGGAUCAGGAGAGAUAUUAUCGCGACUAAUCUGAUGACGUCAAUGAUGAGAAUGAUAUUGUACAUGAAUCUAGCGCUCUGUAUUUUGAUACUUGAAUGAAUUUUUGCUUUUAUAGAUAUCUAAAUAUAUAUAUAUAUGUAUAUGUAUGUAUGUACGUAUGUAAUUUUUGACGCUGGUCAAAAGAGAGAAAAGGACUAUGUCUUAUAAAGUUAAACAUAUCGUGAAUAAAUACCCUGUGAUUUAAGAAAAAAAAAAAAAGGCUGAGAUAACGAUGACUCAGAAGAGGGACCUCACUUCAGAAAAAAAAAGAUUGUAAAUAAUCUUGGGCUUCCAGUCUUUUUUUAUGAUUAUUUUUCAUAAUUGUACAACUAAUAAAUGGCGCUAUUAGAAAUUCUG